CUUGUUUCACUCCAUUCAUCUUCCCUCCGAGUCCCUUUCAUGAGCCUGCCGUAACGCUCGGAGGAAACGACCCAUCAACAACGCACGAUGAGCACGAACACGAUGGACGAGGUUGUCCCGGGCCUCUGGAUCGGCGACCUCUCGAGCGCGCUGAACGCAGAGAAGCUCCGCGAGCACAACAUCCAUAGCGUCCUCACUGCGAUGCGCGGCCGCGUACGCAUCCACGAGGCCUUUAAAAAACUGCAAAUCAACCUCGAUGACACCGAAGAUGCAGACGUCCUCGGCCACCUCGUCGCCGCGAUCCAGUUCAUCGAGGCUGAGCUUGAGAAGGGAAGGGCUGUGUUGGUACACUGUCAGGCGGGUCUGAGUCGUAGUGUGACGAUUGUUGCCGCCUACCUGAUGUAUGUGCAGCACAUCGACUACGAAGCCGCCCUCGAUCUCAUCCGGAACGUACGUCCGAACAUCCAACCCAAUGAUGGGUUCCUGCGACAGCUGGCUGUAUUCGAAGAAGCAUCGUACAGAGUUUCAAGACGCGACAAGGCGACGCGGAUGUACUACCUUGAGCGUGUCGUAGAGGAAGUCAUGAACGGAGACGGCUCCAUCGAGACAGACUUCUUUGCCAAAUUCCCGCACACGCCGACCGACUCCGCACCCGCCACGCCAGGCGGGCCCCGUCGUCGUAUCCGCUGCAAGAUGUGCCGUCAAGAGCUCGCUGCACGCGAGCACAUGCUCGACCACGGCCAGGUCGGCCCUACCACUCCCGCAUUUACGCCCGCGGCCUCUCGCCGACCGUCAUCUUCUCUCCACGAUGCGCCUGUUCGGCCCUUUGCCCCGCUCACCCCACUCACGGCAGCCAAGUCUCCGCCCGGCUCGAGGCGGCCUUCCAUGAACGACAGCAGGCCGGCGGUGUCGUCGCCGUUCUCACCUGCGGGGUCUAGGAGGCCGUCGAUGAACGAUGCAGGUGCUCGACCGGCUGGACUCGCAGCACUGACACCGAUGUCCCCGAUAAGCGCUCCUGGGCCGUCGCCGAUGGCCCGUCGCCCGUCGGCAUCAACGCACGAGCCGCCGACACGGUCGCGUUUAGCGAGCAAUGUCGAUACGCGUCCGCUGAGGAGCAGUCUGCUUGCGUUGGAGGGCGCGGCGCAGCUGGGUCAGGAUAUCUCCGACUCGUUGUCGGAGAGCGCGCUGGAGGGGUCGGACGACGAGGAAGAUGAGGUACAAGGGCCUCCGAACACAGCACUGCCGUCACUUGAGAGGAACGGAGACGCUGUGUCUGACUCUCUGUCGACUACAGCUGCACCGUCCAAUUCAGCAUCCACAUCGAGGGAUAUGAAUCACAAGUCUUUGUCCCUCGCAAAUGCUAUGCCGUCCCCACCCGCGCUUGCUACGUCUCCUACGUCAGAACCGCUUCCUGCAAUCCCGCCUUCAAUGGCACGCCGGUUGUCUUCCUCGUCAGGCCCCCCGCUCGCGCACGGGUCCGACCUCGCUGCCCAACUAUUGAGCAACCCGAAGCUCGCUGCCCUUCGAUCGCCGACAAGCGGCCUGAACAUGACGAUGUUGACGCCGUCGAGCCCCGGUGCCGGCGGGUCCGGGAGCGGCAGGGGCGGGUCAACGUUCAAUGUCAGCCCGCCGCUGCUGGCGAACAACACAUGCUCGGGAUACUUCGUCGAGCCGAUGAAGUGGAUGGACUUCUUCCUGCAGGACGGUCAGAUGGCGGGAAAGAUCGUAUGCCCGAACAAGAAGUGCGGUGCGAAGCUGGGGAACUACGACUGGGCGGGCGUGUGUUGCAGCUGCAAGCAGUGGGUUGUGCCUGGAUUCUGCAUACAUAGGUCGAAGGUGGAUGAGGUAGUGGUAUAGUAGUCUGCGAAACUUUGACCUUGUUUAUUGCUCUACUUACGGACGAGACACUGUAGCAACAGAUCACAACUGUAUUCAUGCAAAGAUUCUUCGCGACUAUCAUCAAUGCUCGCUCAAUUUAUCUUUUUGAUAGUAAACGGUACAGUCAGACUCCCUCCUAUCCGAGAAGCCG